AUGAGUGCCCUCAACAAGAUCGCGGCCACGAGCCCAUCUCGCCAAAAGCCAUCCGAGCUCGAGACCAGCAUUGCUGGCGCUCUCUACGACCUCGAGACCAACACCUCCGACCUGAAGGCCGCACUGCGACCGCUUCAAAUCGUUUCCGCAAGAGAGAUUGAAGUCGGCCACGGCAAGAAGGCUAUUGUCAUCUUUGUCCCCGUUCCUUCCUUGCAGGGUUUCCACCGCGUGCAGCAGAGACUCACCCGUGAGCUCGAGAAGAAGUUCUCCGAUCGCCACGUCCUGAUCCUCGCCUCGCGCCGCAUCCUCCCCCGCCCCAAGCGCUCCAACCGCUCGCGCACCUCGCUCACGCAAAAGCGCCCCCGUUCCCGAACACUCACUGCCGUCCACGACGCCAUCCUCACCGACCUCGUCUACCCCGUCGAGAUCGUCGGCAAGCGAUUGCGCACCAAGGAGGAUGGAAGCAAGAUCCUGAAGGUUGUGCUCGAUGAGAAGGAGAAGGGUGGUGUGGAUCACAGACUCGAUACUUACUCUGAGGUGUACAAGAAGUUGACGGGUCGUGGUGUUAACUUUGAGUUCCCUCAAGGCGGAGCUGUUGAGUACUAG